CACCUUCGAAUUCAGAAACUUAGGAACUGUCAACGAAGCCGGUUCAUUGGUCUGAAAGUGUAACAGUAGUAUUAUCUAUAAGUGAUUAAUUAUUUCAAUUUUUAUCAAUCUGUAAUCUGAAAAAAAUAGUACCCGAAUCUUGGGUUCAUUUGAAGACAUCAAAAUAUUGCAUCAUUUCCGAUGCGGUUAAAUACUUUGUUACAAGUUUAACAGUUUAUCUUAUCUAAACAGAAAAAUGGCAACUAUUCGAGAUAAAUUAUCAGCAGCAAUUGUACAGCCCAGCAGCAAUGGAAAAAAUAAAAUUACUGUCGUUGGUGUGGGGCAAGUCGGAAUGGCUUGUGCUUUCAGUAUUUUAACUAAGGGUGUUUCGAGUGACGUCGUAUUAGUUGAUGUGAUGAAAGAUAAGUUGAAGGGUGAAAUGAUGGAUCUACAGCAUGGAUCGACCUUUCUAAAAAACUGUCGUAUCAAUGCAAGUACUGAUUACAAAGUAACUGCCAAUUCAUGCUUGUGCGUUGUCACAGCAGGAGCAAGACAGCGUGAAGGAGAAACCCGUCUGGAUUUAGUACAGAGAAAUACGGAUAUCUUUAAAGGCAUCAUUCCUCAACUCGUCAAAUACAGUCCUAACACUAUCUUACUGAUUGUCUCAAAUCCUGUCGACAUUCUCACGUAUGUCGCCUGGAAACUAUCGGGGCUACCUAAACAUCGAGUUAUUGGUUCUGGAACUAAUCUUGAUUCUGCUAGAUUCCGUUUUCUCUUAUCACAAAAAUUAAAUGUCGCUCCAACUUCAUGUCAUGGAUGGAUUAUUGGAGAACAUGGUGAUACAAGUGUUCCAGUUUGGUCAGGAGUAAAUGUCGCUGGUGUUCGUCUUCGUGAUCUUGAUAAGAACGUUGGUACGGAUAAAGAUACUGAAGGCUAUGCAGAUAUUCAUAAGCAAGUUGUUGAAAGUGCUUAUGAAGUUAUUAAGCUAAAAGGAUAUACUUCUUGGGCUAUUGGUCUUAGUGUAGCUCAUCUCGUGUCAGCUAUUCUCAGAAAUUCUAGUCAAGUUCAUGCUGUUUCUACGAUGAUUAAGGGAUUUCAUGGUAUCACAGAAGAAGUUUUUCUAUCUCUACCUUGUACUUUAACCGAAAGUGGUGUCACACGUAUCGUUGAACAACACUUGACUGACGACGAACGAAAACUUCUCCACGAGUCAGCUAAAACUAUGCACAAAGUUCAGAGUGAACUUAAAUUCUAACAGAGUUAGAGCCUUUAUCAAGCUAUAAAUCGAUCCAGAAGUUACUGAGAUUUAUUACAUUCUAAUAUAAAUUUAUUGUGCUCUUUGUAAUCGGUGCUAUUUAUUUUUUGAUUAUAAAACAGUAUUGAAAAUGUGCAGGAAACAUUAAGAAGAAAGUACUAAAAAAACUAUAUUAAAAAAUUGUUUAUUAAUACACUACUAAUAAAAUUCAAAUAUAUUUUGUAAAGCUAUAUUCAACUAAACCACUAUUUCCAUGACAAGACACCAAUAUAUUUGUUGUAUUUACUUUAAAGUAUGAAAAAAAUUUUGCCUG